CAAAAAGGAGGGCAUCAGUUGCCUCAGGACUUUCUCAAGCUUGGGAGCUCAUCAACCCAAGGUCACUGUUUUCUUUCAGUCCUGUUAAAGGACUUGAAAAAGAGGAAAGAGCAAAGUUGAUUCAGCUGGGACGAGUGUAUUUUAUAUACCUGUUUCUCUACUCUGGCUUGGAGUUUACCCUCACAUUUGUGACCCAUCAUAAACACAGCUAUGACUCCAUGGCACAAGGCCGCAUGUUCUCCUUUUUAGGACUUGUAAUGGCCCUAAUGCAGGGAGGUUAUGUGCGACGUGUCAAAAAUGGCAGUGAAAAAGCCAUGGCAAACAAGGGCCUGAUGAUGAUGAUUCCCGCCUUCAUUUUAAUUGGUGCCAGUGAGACAAACUGGGGCCUUUAUACAGGAUUGACUUUCUAUGCUCUAGGUUCCUCUAUGAUGGUACCAUGUCUCACCACAUUAGCAUCAUGUCAUGGCUCAGAAUCCCAUAAAGGAACUCUGUUGGGCAUUUGGAGAUCUUUAGGAGCUUUGGCAAGAGCAAUUGGACCAAUUGUCACAUCUAUAGGUUUCUGGUCAAUGGGUGCUGAGAUGUGCAUAUAAUAGGAGGGCUAUCAAUGCUUGCUCCUCUGAUCAUGUUGCAGUCUUGCUGAGUCCUGAGAUAAGGUAUUCAAAAAUUAUCUUCUGAUUUAUCUCUUAUUUUGUUCCCCAAAAUUGCAAGAUAACUUGAAAACUUCAUUUUUACAGAACAAAAUAGCUACAAUAAUUUAUAUCAGCUCACACUGUUGAAUUCACAUGUGUAUUAUAUUUUGGAAUUUUAAAGCUAAAGUAAUAAUUUAAAGCAUGAAUGAUCUUCCUGAUUGUUAUAAAGAAGUGAAUCUCCUGCCAGUAACAACAAACAUAAUUGUUCCUUAUUGUUUUUGCCUUUGAAUUGUAAAAGUAUUUUUAUAAAAAAUAUUUAAGUAGGAUUGUGUAAAUAAUAUACUAAUGUAAUCAAAUAUUACUCAUUGCGAUUCUCAUUGUGUUUGUAAAUUGUGAAAGUUUUUGUGAAAUUAAAUAUGGUUUAAAUACUAAUUUAAUGUAAACAAAUAUUACUCUUAUUUAUUAGCCAUUAUUUAGUUCAUGUACUCUUAUAAUAGUUACUGUAUUUAAGUGCCUAAGAAAUUAUCUCCAGAUCCUAUUUAUUUAAUGCCUAAAUAAAUGUUAGAUUUUUAUAUACUGUAAUGGUCAGUAAUCUAUACACAUUGAUAAAUUUUUAUUUCACUGAAGAUUGAAAUCUUGGGUGUUAGCAGUGAGUAAAACAGCAAACUAAAAAGAAAGCUAAAAGAAAUAAUUUUCUUAAAUGUGGCUGCUUUAUUUUUUUAUCUGUAAAUUUAGAGUAAUAGUUUUUAUAGAAUCUCCCAUGAUUUAUCAGUGUUACUGUGCCUAUUGUGAGGCAAGUGAUGAGUGAACAAUACAAAAAUGAUCAUAUCUACUUAAUCAUGAUAACUCAUUAAAGGUUGUAGUAAUCUUAGAUUGUAUUUGUUUUUAUAUUUUUUAUACUAUGGUAAUGAAGGGUUUGUAAAAUAAAAUUUGUCAUGUA